AUGGUCCAGAUGCUGACAGGACAUGGGUGUUUCGGUCACUACCUGCACCAUACGGCCAGAUGGGAGCCAACGCCCCAGUGCCAUCACGUCAGUACGGAGGAGGACGACACGGCGCAGCACACGCUCGUUGCCUGCCCAGCCUGGGUCGCACAACGGGCAGAACUCUGCGUCGCUAUAGGACCAGACCUGACACUCCCGGACAUAAUAAGAGCAUUAGUCCGGUCGAGAGAAGCCUGGCAGGCGGUCUCUACUUUCUGCGAGUCCAUCAUGACGCAGAAGGAAGCCGCUGAGAGAAAUCUGGAUGCCGAUGAAGCAGCUGACCCGAUAAGGAGAAGACGCGGAGGACGAAGACGCGCUCAACAUGAGCGUCAACUCCUACCAUAG